AUGGCACGGCACCUGUUGGAAGACAGAACCCAUACUAAAGAAAGGCCUUACCAGUGUGCUACAUGUGGAAAAGGAUUCACAGAGAGAGGCACCCUCAUCAGGCAUCAGAGGAUACAUAUCGGAGAACGGCCAUACCAGUGUGCUACAUGUGGAAAAGACUUUAAAGAGAAAGGUCACCUCAUGAAUCACCAGAGAAUCCAUACUGGAGAAAGGCCAUUUCCAUGUGCUACAUGUGGGAAAGGCUUUAAAACUAUAAGUGCUCUCACCAUCCAUCAGAGAACCCAUACUGGAGAUAAACCAUAUCAAUGUUCAACAUGCGGAGCAGCUUUUUCACAACUCACCUCUUUGACUUAUCACCAGAAAGCCCACACUGGAGAAAAGCCUUACCAGUGUACAACAUGUGGAAAAGGCUUUAAACAGAAAAGCGUCCUCAUCACCCAUCAGAGAACCCAUACUGGAGAAAGACCUUACCAGUGUGCUACAUGUGGAAAAGGCUUCAUACAGAACUGUGAUCUCAUUUCCCAUCAGAGGAUCCAUACUGGAGAAAGGCCUUACCAGUGUGCUACAUGUGGAAAAGGCUUUACAACGAAAGGUGCCCUCAUCACCCAUCAGAGAAUCCAUACUGGAGAAAGGCCUUACCAGUGUACUACAUGUGGGAAAGGAUUUACACAAAAGAGUGAUCUCAUCAGGCAUCAGAGAAUCCAUACUGGAGAAAGGCCUUACCAAUGUACUACAUGUGGGAAAUGCUUCAUACACAAUAGCAGACUCAUCAGGCAUCAGAGAAUGCAUACUGGAGAAAGACCUUACCAGUGUACUACAUGUGGAGCAGCCUUUUCACAACUUACCAAUUUAGCUGAUCACCAGAGAAUUCACACUGGGGAAAUGUCUCAUCAGUGCACAACAUGUGGAAAAGGCUUUAUACACAAAUGUAAACUCAUCACCCAUCAGAGAAUCCAUACUGGAGAAAGACCUUAUCAGUGUGCUACAUGUGGAAAAGGCUUUACACAGAAAGGUGAUCUCAUCAGGCAUCAGAGAAUCCAUACUGGAGAAAGGCCUUACCAGUGUACUACAUGUGGGAAAUGCUUUACAGACAAUGGCAGCCUCAUCAGACAUCAGAGAACCCACACGGGAGAAAGGCCUUACCUAUGUACUACAUGUGGUAAAUGCUUCACAAAGAAAGCUAACCUCAACCAGCAUCAGAAAAUCCACAUUGACUCCAACUAA